AUGAAGAAAACAUCUGAAAAUGAGUUCUUGUAUCUUUUUGUAGCAUUGUAUGUCUUUAUAAAGGGGUUUGAAUGUUGUCGACCCAUAGUGGUUGUAGAUGGCAGCCACAUCAAAAUAGCAUACAAUGGGACAUUUGUUUCAGCGAGCACGAUGGAUGGUGCAGGGAAUAUACUACCUUUGGCGUAUGGCGUGAUUGAUUCAGAAAAUGAUAAGUCUUGGACAUGGUUCUUCGAACAAUUCAAGGAAGCUUAUGGGCUACGGGAGAGCAUGUGUGUUGUAUCUGAUAGGCAUGAAUCCAUCAUCAAGGCCGUAUCCAAAGUAUAUCCUAAUGUUCCCUAUUUUGUACGCAUAUGGCAUCUUUGGAAGAAUGUAUACAAUAAAUAUAGAAAGAGUGACAAGGUGCUGAGUGGGGUGUACUAUGCAAUGGCAAAAGCGUAUACACAGGAUGAGUUUGACAUGCUAAUGGAAAAGGUUGCGACGGUGGAUAUUCGUGUAAAGGAUUACUUGGAGAUAGCCGGAAGGGAAAAGUGGUCUAGGCUUUAUGCUCCAGUCAACCGAGCAUGGACAAUGACGUCUAAUAUUGCUGAGUCUAUCAAUUCAGCUCUCGUACAAGCAAGAGAAUUGCCAAUAUUUGAUUUUCUGGAAGAAGUUAGGAUUAUGUUUGGGCGCUGGAAUUUCACUAACCGACAAAAUGGUUCAUAUACAUUCACAACACUUGGGAAGAAAUUCAAUGAAAUGCUUUCCAUUAAUGAGCGUAAAUCUGCACGCAUGACGGUAAUACCAUCAACCGAAUACGUGCACACGGUAAUUGAUGAGGGGCGGCGUUUCAUAGUUUGUAUUGAAAAGAAGACAUGCAGUUACAAAGAGUUUCAGAUGGAGGAGAUUCCCUGCCCACAUGCCUGGGCUGUUCUUAAGAAAAAAAAUCUGACAGCCGACAACUAUUGCUCAAAAAUAUACAAACCUGAAACUGUGAUGAAGACUUAUGAUAUCCCAGUUUAUCCUCUACCCGAUGAGAGUGAAUGGAAAAUACCUGGAUACAUUUUGGAAGAGGUAGUUUUUCCACCGAGAUACAAGAGACCUCCUGGAAGGCCAAAGAAGAAGCGUGAUAAUUCUUUAUCUGAAUGGUUUUCAACUAAACGUACAAAUUCGUGUAGUAGGUGUGGACAUGUUGGACGCAAUAGGCGUUCUUGUACAAAUGAGCCUCGAAGAAAGUAG